AACAACCUCAUAACACAUAUCACACAUACUUUGUCCUCCCUCAGUACUUCUUUAUAUUUUCCGUCAAAUCUCUUCCUGUUUAGAGAAGAAACAGAGGAAAACAUGGUGAGUGUUGACGAGAUCCGCAAGGCUCAGAGAGCAGAAGGGCCGGCCACAGUAAUGGCCAUAGGAACAGCUACUCCACCGAAUUGCGUUGAUCAAAGUACUUAUCCUGAUUACUACUUCAGAAUUACUGACAGCGAGCACAAGACUGAGCUCAAAGAGAAAUUCAAGAGAAUGUGCGAAAAGUCAAUGAUCAAGAAGAGGUACAUGCACUUGACCGAGGAAAUCCUCAAAGAGAACCCUAACGUGUGCGCGUACAUGGCACCUUCUUUGGAUGCAAGACAGGACAUGGUAGUGGUGGAAGUGCCCAAGCUGGGGAAAGAGGCGGCCACCAAAGCUAUCAAGGAAUGGGGACAGCCCAAGUCUAAGAUCACUCAUCUCAUCUUCUGCACCACCAGCGGCGUGGACAUGCCCGGCGCCGACUACCAGCUCACCAAGCUCCUCGGCCUCCGCCCUUCUGUCAAGCGUUACAUGAUGUACCAGCAAGGCUGCUUCGCCGGCGGCACGGUCCUCCGUCUCGCCAAGGACUUGGCCGAAAACAACAAGGGAGCUCGCGUCCUCGUCGUCUGCUCAGAGAUCACCGCCGUCACCUUCCGCGGGCCCAGCGACACCCACCUGGACAGCCUAGUGGGCCAAGCCCUCUUCGGAGACGGUGCUGCCGCCGUCAUUGUGGGCUCCGACCCCCUGCCCGUGGAGAAGCCUCUGUUUGAGCUGGUGUGGACGGCUCAGACCAUUUUGCCGGACAGUGAGGGAGCCAUUGACGGUCAUCUUCGCGAGGUCGGCCUCACCUUCCAUCUGCUCAAGGACGUUCCGGGGCUCAUCUCCAAGAACAUUGAGAAGGCCUUGGUGGAAGCGUUCCAGCCGUUGGGGAUCUCUGAUUACAACUCCAUCUUCUGGAUUGCUCACCCGGGUGGGCCUGCGAUUCUGGACCAGGUUGAGGCGAAGCUGAGCUUGAAGCCCGAGAAGAUGAGGGCAACGAGGCACGUGCUGAGCGAGUACGGGAACAUGUCGAGUGCGUGCGUGUUGUUUAUUUUGGACGAGAUGAGGAGGAAGUCUGCUGAAGAGGGUCUCAAGACCACCGGUGAAGGACUUGAAUGGGGAGUGUUGUUUGGAUUUGGUCCUGGACUCACUGUUGAGACCGUGGUUCUCCGUAGCAUAGCCGUAUGAAAUUUUCUAAGAGCUUCAAUUUUGAUUUUUUCCUUUAGCAUAAAUAAUAUAUCUACUUACCGUUAUGCUUCAGUUAUUUAUGAAAGAAAAUGUGUUUAUUUUCUGUUUAUUUAUAUGUAAAUGUGCCCCAAUCAAAAUUUAGGUUUGGAGUCUCUAAUAUGCCAUUCUUUGAUGUU